GAAGCUUAGAAGGGUCCACCCUCACAUCGCUUCUUCGCGAGGUUUCGGUGCCGGCGUGUAUAAGACAUUCGUCUCUCACCACUGUGACGGUUCCUUUCCCCGCCUCAAUUCUUAUCGGUUUUUCGUGUAAAGGGACACAAGUCUUCUCAUUUCCUGCUUAUGGGUACCAUGCAGUACAAUAUCCCAUUGACAGCAGCGCAUAGACGUUCGCUCAUCGUGGUCGUGGCCAUACUGUUAUGCUUGUACUAUCUAUUAGGUAUCUCGCAUGAUGAGGAUGGCCAGUCAUCUAUCGGCCGCUUGACAACAAAAUGGCAGCUGCCACAAAAUUCAACGGUGGUGGUUGACCUACCUCAUGAUAGUAGCUUGGAACUGGAGUCGAGCUUGGAGAACGCUUCGUCUACACCUAUAUCAGACUCUGGUCACCUUGAACUGGAUCCUACGGCCUCGAACAAACCAGAGCACCGCAGAGCGAACGCCACUCUUCUUAUCCUCGCUCGAAAUAGCGACCUGGCAGGGGUUAUCAGCAGUAUGGAACAGAUGGAAGCCAAGUUCAACAAACAAUUCAAGUACCCCUGGGUUCUUCUCAACGAAGAGCCUUUUUCGAACGAUUUCAAACGACGUGUCAGCGUGCUGACCGAUGCACCCAUUUCUUUUGGCCUUAUUCCACAUGAUCAUUGGUUCCAGCCUGAGUGGAUUGAUGAGAAAAGAGCUACUGAGGGUCGUAAUAAAUUAGUUAGGCAGGGGAUUAUUUAUGGCGGUAGUGUAUCGUACCGUAACAUGUGUCGUUUCAAUUCCGGUUUCUUCUAUCAUCACGAACUUCUGCAACCAUACCAAUGGUACUGGCGGGUGGAACCUGAUGUUCGAUAUUUCUGUGACCUCGAAUACGAUCCGUUCCUUUUCUUGCAGGACAACAAUAAAUUAUAUGGUUUCACUAUAUCUAUGCCAGAAUGGGAGCCUACGAUACCCACGCUCUGGGGGGCAACCAAAGACUUCAUCUCCGAGAACCCUCAAUAUGUCUCGGAGGACAAUGCAAUGGAUUUCCUUUCCGAUAAUGCUGGAGACACUUACAAUCUCUGUCACUUCUGGAGUAACUUUGAGAUAGCAAACAUGGACUUUUGGCGGGGAGAAGCGUACACUAAAUACUUUGAUUAUCUGGAAGAAAAGGGCGGAUUCUAUUACGAGCGUUGGGGCGACGCACCUAUUCAUAGCAUUGCCGUCUCUUUAUUCGCCAAGAAGGAACAGAUACACUUCUUCAAAGACAUUGGUUACCGACACAGUCCCUUCCAACACUGUCCGCAAGGCCGUGACUGGAGAGAAGGACGCUGUUCAUGCGAUCCUAAUGACAACUUUGACUUUGCGCAAAACUCGUGUUUACGUCAUUGGCUGCGGUUGUUCUAAUUGUUGACCUAUUAGAACACGUAUCAGAAUCAGAGGUGUAUUUUUAAAUGUUGCGACAGGUACAGAGCAGGCUGUAGUUGAUACAUAGAGCGAUGCGUAGUGAUCCAUUUACAAUAAUUUAUUCCAGCACUGGCACUAUGAUAUUUCCGCUCUUUCUUUGGACAACCUCUUGGGCGUUAUUUAACCAC